AUGUUCAGAGCUCUUGACCAACGAACUCAAAAAUUCUACAACACUGUUGCAAAGAUGGUUUCAAAAAUCAACAGCAGGCGCUCUACAAUCAAAUCGGAAGUGUAUAAGACCAACGCACCAGAGAGAUAUCAAGCUUUGCUUCACAAAGUCUUAAUCAACUAUCCAGUGCUCCAAAAAGUCGUAAAAAAGACAAAUUUUAUGAAAAACAUACCGCUUGGUACAGUUGUAGCAUAUGAGAUUCUUACCAAAAAGAUUAAAAACGAUGGCUAUAGGAGAAAAUUAAAGCAGGCGCUGGGAGAUGGAAGGCUAAAAGGCCCAGUUACAAGAACAUUUGUACGAAUUAACACUUUGAAGGCAACUGAGGAGGAUUUGAAAGAUUUUAAUAUUAGAAAGACGUGUAUUCCACAUGUCUAUGAAGUUUUGAACAACUGUGUUAAUGCAGACAAGAAUAAAGAUGAGGAAAAUGUUAAUGAAGAUACUGAAAGACAUAAUGUUCACGAUGAGUACGAGAGUAAAGAGAAUGCAGUUGAAGCCGUGGUAGGUGAUAGCAAUGACAGUAUGGAAGAAGAGAAUUGUGAAGAAAACAACGCAGAUGGAAACAUUGAUGUUGAAAACAGUGCAAAUGCUGAAGAAAGGACCAAAGGUGCUCAUAAAAGAAUAAAAGACAUCUUUACUAGCAAAAUGUUCCUUGAAAAAGUCAAAAUUCAAAAUUUUUCAUCAUGCCUCCCUGCAUUUAUACUGAAUCCUGAAAUGAAUUCUACUGUUAUUGAUGCAGCAGCCUCUCCUGGCAACAAAACCACUCAUCUGUGUUCAAUAAUGAAUAAUACUGGCAAAAUAUACGCAUUCGAAAGAGAUGCAAAAAGAUAUCAAACUCUUGUUGAGCAGAUUGCGAAAUAUGGUGCAGAAAAUGUUGAAGCUAUUUACUCAGACUUUUUGAAAGCGUCUCCAGAGCAAUAUAAAGCGGACUACAUUCUCUUGGAUCCAUCGUGCUCUGGUUCUGGAAUACAUGUAAACUAUGUCAAAAAUCAGCAGAGAAUCAAUAGACUGAAAAACUUUCAGGCAAUGAUGCUAAACCACGCGUUUAAAUUCAACCCCAAAGCAGUAGUAUAUUCCGCCUGUUCGUACCACAAAGAAGAAUGCGAAGAUGUCAUUAAAGAAGCCCUUGAGAAAAACCCAAGCUAUGAGCUUGAAAAAAUAGAUAACUAUACAGGGAAAAGAGGAUAUGAAGGCUAUGAGUUUUCAGAUAAAGUCAUAAGAACAUCCAAUGAUGAUGAAACAGGCUCUAUUGGCUUCUUUGUUGCGCUUUUUAGGAGAAAAUAA